AUGUCGGGCACGUCUACACCUAGGAAACGUACGCUUGGCGAUCUAAAUGACGGCGAGGUGCCAAAUUUUGAGGAUCCGCUUGAUGUGGUGAAUGCGGUGAUUUCUACGUUGCAGACCCCUGUAGAGAAGACUAACGUUGCUAUGACAUAUGCUAACGACAAGAAUCUAGCUACUGAGGUGCAGGCGUAUGCAAAAAUAGCCGGGCAGGACUGGACGUACUAUGUUAAGUCGUUGUCGAUACCUAUUGGCAGAAAUACUGACAACCCAGGGGGGAGUUCGCAGCCCUUGGUGGACAUUGAUUUGGGACCCGCAAAGGUUGUCUCGAGACAACACGCCAUGAUUACUUAUAACUUAGAUUUGAGAUAUUGGGAGUUGAAGGUUUUGGGAAGAAAUGGUGCCAGGGUGGAUGGUCAGAAGGUGCCGUUUGGAGAAAACCACUCUACGCCGUUACAUUCGGGAGCUAUUUUGGAUAUUGGCGGUACCCAAAUGAUGUUUAUAUUACCAGACUCUCCUCCAAAUAUACUGCAAAAAAUGCUUAGCACUUGCUUAGCGAAGUAUAAUGCCAACUUAAAUAAAUCAAAGAGAAAAUCAAUUUCUGAUUUUCCCCAGCAACACACCAUACCUAUCAAUCCAUCCAACCAAAUUAAAAGCUUCCAAAUGUUUGAUAAAGCCCAAUUGACUCAAUCUCCAUCAUCAGCAUCUGCUACAUCAUUGCAAAAUAAUUUGGAUCAAGAUUUAUCUAAAGAAGAGGCAAAAGAUAUUAAACCCCCUUAUUCUUACGCUACUAUGAUCACCCAAGCUAUCUUGUCUAAUGAUGAUGGAGUAAUGUCAUUGUCUGAAAUCUACAAUUGGAUAGCUUCUCAUUACGCAUACUAUAAAUAUUCGAAAACGGGUUGGCAAAAUUCUAUUAGACAUAAUUUGUCUUUAAACAAAGCAUUUGAGAAAGUUCCAAGAAGGCCUAAUGAACCGGGUAAAGGUAUGAAGUGGCAAAUCAGUGAAUCAUACAAAGAGGACUUUUUAACUAAAAUUCAAAGUGGGUCGUUGCUGAAAGCAAGAAGAGGCUCAUCUGUGUCAAGACAGUUACAAUUGCAUCUUGCGACUCAUCAAAAUUUACCAGAAUCCCAAAAAUACUAUGCAAAAGAUGAUCCGUCUAGAAGUAAUUCGUUUGAUCAGAGAUUCAAUCACGAAAGAAAUAGUUCUUUACCAAAAUUGGGACAGCCAAUGCAAUACCAACAAGCACCAUCAAACCCGAUGCAACACAAUCCAUUGUCCUAUAUAUCUAAUCAGCAACCUCAGAAUGGCUCUUUUGGAGUUCCUCCUCCACGUUCAUAUGGUUACCAGCACCCACCACCACCGCAGCUAAUGUAUGGAAGUCAUAUGAUGCACCAAAAUCAGAACGACUCCCCAUCGAUUCAACAGGUACCGGGAAAUAAAAAUGAACUAUCAUCACCAAUAAGACAAUUGUCUGAUAUUAAUACCACAACUCCAAAACUACCAAAGGUUUCUGGUAAUCAUUUAUUUAAUUUACCGCCUCCUCCUCCAUCUACGCAUUCUAUGGGAACCUCUGCUCCACAAGCUCACCAUUCUCGCCUGAAUUCUUAUAAUCACCAGCAUCAGCUCACUGAAAAUAAUUCAAAUUCUUACAAUACUUCGGGAAAUAACCAAACCAGUGAAUCAAAUACGACAAAUACUAAUGCUCAAAAUGUGUCAAGUGGUCCAACAACAAAUACUUCAGACCUUGCCUUAGGUUUCACGAGUCCUAAAAAGAUUGCACCAUUAGAAGCGUUUACUCCUGAGCGAGGUUCGAAAUCUUCAAGUAACAAAUUAGGAGUCGCAAAUGGUGUUAAUACUAAUCAAUCAUCACCUGCCUUCUGGAACUUUGUUCAGUUUAGCACCCCAAAUGCUCAAACACCGUUAAAGGGUAAUGAUCAGAAUAAUCAAUUAAGUCCUACUUUGAACAGGAGAGUAUUUGGAAGUAAUGGUUACGCAAAAGAGAAAAGCGAAAAGGGCGAUUUAUCACCGCUCAAAUCAAGGAAUAGCCAUGACGAUAAUUCUAAGGCUGACAAUGCUGAUGAAUUAAAUACACAAAAAAACGAAGAAAUAAACGCUUAG